AUGUCGAUGGGUGGCAUGUCAAUGGGCUCCAUGGGCCACAUGCACAUGGGCGAUGGCGCUCCGGAUCUUUUCUACCUUCAGAAAAUGUAUUGGGCCGUCGUCGGAAGCGCCAUUGCAGCCGGCACACUUGUUAACGGUCUAAAUCGCUUCCUUGCAUUUCAAAGACUUCGGGACUCGACGCUCACUCCGUCAAAACCAAAAUCGCUAUUUUUCAACACGUAUGCCACUUUUACCGCGAUCACCCGGGAGGCAAGCUACGCGACGCUGCCUCCGUGGUCAUUCGGUGGUCGCACCAUUCAUUUUGCCCCGUUAGGACCCUUGUCGGUCAUUCUCGCAAACCUCGUCGUGGUUCUGGUCUUCUGCUUCUACAAGCUGGACACCCUCGACCAAUGGAAGUGGGAGGAUGUCGGCUACCGGACGGGGUUCGUCGCUAUCGCCCAACUACCCUUGAUCUUCCUGCUGGCGGGAAGACAAAAUAUCAUCGGUUAUUUGGUCGGCAUGAGUUACGAGCGUCUAAACUGGUUCCAUCGCUGGGUUUCCCGGACGCUCUGGCUCACGACGACGAUUCACAUGGGAUUCUGGUUUCGCAACUGGGGACGCUACGAUUAUAUCACCUACCAGCUGAAGAAUGAUCCUCUGUCCCAGCGGGGUUUUGCUGCCUGGGUUAUCCUGACGUUUAUUGUCCUGUCGUCCGCUGCACCCGUCCGACGCUUGAGUUACGAGUUCUUCGUUCUCCAGCACCUAGUGACCUUUGUCGGAUUCAUCGCUGCCGUGUGGCUUCAUGCCCCCGAGGAGGUCAAGGUUUGGGUGUGGAUUCCCAUCGGGUUGUUGGUGUUCGACCGAGUCGCUCGUUACGCCUGGGCAACCUACGCGAACCUGUCCAUCUUCCAUCGAUCGAAGAAUAACGGCCAUGCCCUUUGGGCCAACCGUGCAACCUUCACGCCUUUGCCCGGAAAUGUCACUCGGAUCACCAUCGACAAUCCUGGGAUCCGAUGGAAACCCGGUCAGCAUGUUUUUCUGACUUGUCACUCGGUGGUACCACUCCAAAGUCACCCGUUCACCAUUGCCUCCAUCCCCGAAGACAACAAAAUGGAGUUUCUCGUUCGAGCCGAGAAAGGCGGCACCCAGCGAUUCUUCCGGUACGCUUCCAAAAACCACCACGUCUUAGGCUCUGCAGAACCUAAGCCAGAAAACCGACCCCGCGCCGUCUUCCUUGAUGGCCCGUACGGGGCAAUCAGACCGCUUCGUCAGUUCGACAGUGUCGUGUUGCUGGCAGGAGGCAUGGGAAUCACGUUCACGCUGCCAUUCCUGCGGGAUCUCAUCGCAGCAUGGAAAUCACAAGGCGCCGAAUCCACGACUCGCCACGCCGUGACCAAGCGCAUCCGAUUCGUUUGGGUUAUCAAAUCACGGGCUCAACUCAGCUGGUUCGAAACCCAACUGCAGUCAUUGCUCGCCGACGCGGAAAUUUGCCAAAGUGCCCAGCAAGACCUGGUCCGAGAACUUGACCUCAGCAUUUACGUGACCUGUGAUGAGAAGCUGGAGCCUCAACCAGCGGCCGGACAAGCGCAAUGCUCGCAGGUUCCGCCUGCCCCAACCACCACCACCACCACCGUCAUUGCGAAUCCCGAUUCGAAAGAGAAGUUCCCCGCCAAGACGGACCAGAAAGAAACCAUCUCCGUCAACUCCGUUUCGGAGUCCACCGACUCUGGCUGUCUCCCGGGCGGCGGAUGCUGCUGCACCACGGCAAUCGAGGACGAGGACGAGAUCACCGAGCACAACUGUACUUGCUCCGGACAUGCUGCGCCAUCCGAGCCCAAGCCUCAAGCUUCAGAGAAGGACGAUGAGAUAGCAAUCGAUUCGGAAAAGCCCAAAACCGAGGUGAAAUACAUCGAAUCGGACUCCCAACAAAACAUCAAGUACCCCGAUCUCAGCGUGUUGUCUGGUCGUCCUCAGCCGCGCAAUAUCAUCCGCAAGGUCCUAGAGAAGGCCGAGGGUGAAAGCGCGGUCGUUGUCUGCGGGCCCGAGGGACUCUCGGAUGAUGUGCGUCGCAGCGUUGUGUAUUUGAGUGAUGACCGGGCCGUUCACAAGGGCACAGGGGCCCAAGGCAUUUACCUGCACGUUGAAAAGUUCGGGUGGUGA